CUGCUAACAUCGCCUUGUAGAUUCACGUAUAAGUUUAAUAUUAUUUAAGUAACAAGUAAUAAUAAUAAUAAUAAUAAUAAUUAAUCAUAACCAAUAUGAGUCCUGUACCCGCUGCAACCAGAUAUGACCCUUCUCAAUUCAAUCCUGAACAUAACUCCAAGACUGAAAGUGGAGCAUUUACUAUCAGCAAAGAAAAUAGACAACAAGCUAAGUAUCCUGAAUUUUUACCUACAUGGAAUCCUAACCAAAAGUUCCCACCAUUAGAAUUCUUUGAAUUUCACGAUAAGGGAUUAUUAGCAGAUGCUAACUUAUCUAACUUAUUUCCUAAAAAUGGAAAUCAUCAAGUCAAGAGUGUGACUCCGAAACUUGGAUCUGAAGUUAAAGGUGUUCAAUUAUCGCAAUUAAGUGAUGAAGCAAAGAAUGAUUUAGCAUUAUUUGUGGCUCAAAGAGGUGUAGUCAUUUUUAGAGAUCAAGAUUUUAGUUCAUAUGGUCCUGAAUUUGCUGUUAAUUAUGGAAGCUAUUUUGGUCCACUUCAUAUUCAUCCAACUUCUGGAUCUCCUGAGGGAUUCCCCCAAUUACAUAUUACUUUUAGAGGUGCUUCUAAGAAGGAAUUAGAGAGUGCAUUUGAAUCUAGAACAAACAAUAUUGCUUGGCACUCCGAUGUUUCUUAUGAAUUAAAUCCUCCUCAAAUUACAUUUUUUUCUGUUUUAGAAGGUCCAGAGGCAGGUGGAGAUACUAUAUUUGCUAAUACAGUUGAAGCAUAUAAGAGAUUGAGUCCUGCAUUACAAGCAAGAUUAGAAGGAUUACAUGUUUUACAUACUGCAGAAGAUCAAGCAGAUAUUAAUGCCGCUGCCGGAGGAAUUGUUAGAAGAAGUCCAGUAUCAAAUAUUCAUCCAUUAGUUAGACAACAUCCAGUUACUAAAGAAAAACAUUUAUUCUUAAAUAGAGAGUUUGGUAGAAAAAUUGUUGAAUUAAAGGAAGAAGAAUCAGAUGCUCUUUUAGAAUUUUUAUUCACCCAUGUGGAACAAGCUCAUGAUCUUCAAUUAAGAGCCAAAUGGGAACCAAAUACCGUAGUAUUAUGGGAUAACAGAAGUACUGUUCAUUCUGCUGUCAUUGAUUGGGAUACUCCUUCACUUAGACAUGCCUUUAGAAUUAGUCCUCAAGGUGAAAGACCUGUUGAAGAUGUAAAACAUUUGAAUGAUCCUAACUAUUUAGCUGAAAAGUACCUGUCAAUUAGGAGAUAAAUCC